UAUCUUUUUCGUUUCAGUACAGAUGUCUACGUACAAACACACUUAGUAUAGACAUGUAGCACACUCAAUUGUGUUUUAAUCACAGCGACUAUCUUUUUAUUGAUGUGUAUUUGAUUUUAUUAAAUUUUGUUAUAAAACAAAAAUGUAUAGACCACAGUGCGGAAUUUGUCAAGAAUUUAUUGACGAUAAUAGUGUUCUUUUCACAAUACCAUGUGGUCAUAUCCAACAUCAUCAUUGCCUGCUUCGUGUGUUGAGCGAUUCACAGACAUGUCCCAUAUGCCGACAGAAAGCAUCGCAAUUGGAUGCUAAGAAAGUUUUUUUAAAUUUUUCUGCAAUCCAUGAUGACGAGGAAUCGCCAAGAAUAAAAAAAUUACGUAAAAAAAAUAUGAAUUUGUUAGCGAGGCUGCGUUCAACUGAGCUCGAUCACGAAAACUGCAGAGUGAAAUUAGAAGAAGCAAGACGGUACGCGAAAGUUCUUGAAAAGGACUACUGGAUAGCGUCUGCAAAAGAAAUAAAAAGUACUCGCGCUUUACUAGAAGCGAAGAAAAGAAUACAAAAUUUGCAGUUGAAAAAUAGUGAACUCCAAAAAGAAUCGACCAAUGAAAGGGAAAAAUUUAUUGAAACCAUAAAAAAACUGGAAGAAUGGAAACAAAAUACCUAUUGGGUAGCAAUAGGGUUUCAUACUUGCUUGUUGAUUAUCAUGCUUAUAGACCAAUUAGGUGGAAUAGAAUAUUUUGGUAUUUCGAAAAGUACGUUUCUUUCGAACCUCGUUUUUUUAAUAAUUAUUGUUUCAUCGACACUUAUAGUAGAUGGAUUUCAGUGAGUAUUUUCGAUCGAACUGCGUUACAUAAAAUAAGUAUAUAAUAGUAUAAUAAGUAGUUAAUUGUAACUAUUAUUGUGAUAUUAUUGUAAAUAUGGUUAUAAAUAUGGAAUGAUAUAAAUUACUUUGGUAACAAAUAUCAUGCGACACCUAGUGUAAAAAAAUUAUAAAUCUUACAGUCCUUUUAAAGAAUUAUUAUGAUAAACAAUUAGAAAUGUAAUUAUGAUCAACGAACUAUUGCGAAAUUCAUGAAAAUUUUUAUGUAAGAUGUGACCAAAGACUGUGAAAAAAUUAAGGUUUAUGUUUCUGGUUUCAAAGUCAAAAAGAAAUGAUUAAUUGAAUCCGAUAUGAAAAAGUAAAAAUUAUACUUUUCUAGUAUAAAAACUAUUACUACAAUUAUCUUACAUGAAUAAGUUAUGCUAUAAAGACGAUAAUAUUAAUAAGAUGUUAUGAAUUCAUAAUCACAUUUUAUAUUAAGGUCAUUAUUAUCGCAUUAUAUUGUCUGGUAAAAAAUAAAACACGACUUCUGAUUA